AGCCAAUGGGCUCGCCACUACCAGUCCGCUCUUCAGCAGCCGGUCGGGGGCGGUGGAAGAGCGAGUGAAGAGAGCGCGACGGCGACGGCGGCUGAGCCCUCGCUGGACGGCCAGGAGGAAAGCGAGGCCAGAGCCUCUGCGACUAGGAUCAGAAUGGUUUCCAUCCCAGAAUACUAUGAAGGCAAGAAUGUCCUCCUCACUGGAGCUACUGGUUUCCUAGGGAAGGUACUUCUGGAAAAGUUGCUGAGGUCUUGUCCUAAGGUGAAUUCAGUGUAUGUUUUGGUGAGGCAGAAAGCUGGACAGACACCCCAGGAGCGAGUAGAAGAAGUCAUUAGUUGCAAGCUUUUUGACAGAUUGAGAGAUGAAAAUCCAGAUUUUAGGGAGAAAAUUAUAGCAAUCAACAGUGAACUCACCCAACCUAAACUGGCUCUUAGUGAAGAAGAUAAAGAGAUCAUCAUAGAUUCUACUAAUAUUAUAUUCCACUGUGCAGCUACAGUAAGAUUUAAUGAAAAUUUGAGAGAUGCUGUUCAGUUAAAUGUAAUUGCUACCCGACAGCUUAUUCUGCUUGCACAACAGAUGAAGAAUCUGGAAGUGUUCAUGCAUGUAUCAACGGCAUAUGCCUACUGCAAUCGAAAGCAUAUUGAUGAAGUAGUCUAUCCACCCCCUGUGGAUCCCAAGAAGCUGAUUGAUUCUUUAGAGUGGAUGGAUGAUGGCUUAGUAAAUGAUAUCACACCCAAAUUGAUAGGAGACAGACCUAAUACAUACAUCUACACAAAAGCAUUGGCAGAAUAUGUUGUACAACAAGAAGGAGCAAAGCUAAAUGUGGCGAUUGUAAGGCCAUCAAUUGUUGGUGCCAGUUGGAAAGAACCUUUUCCAGGAUGGAUUGAUAACUUUAAUGGACCAAGUGGUCUUUUUAUUGCGGCAGGGAAAGGAAUUCUUCGAACAAUGCGUGCCUCCAACAAUGCCCUUGCAGAUCUUGUUCCUGUAGAUGUAGUUGUCAACAUGAGUCUUGCGGCAGCCUGGUAUUCCGGAGUAAAUAGACCAAGAAACAUCAUGGUGUAUAACUGUACAACAGGAAGCACUAAUCCCUUCCACUGGGGUGAAGUUGAAUACCAUGUAAUUUCUACUUUCAAGAGGAAUCCUCUCGAACAGGCCUUCAGACGGCCCAAUGUAAAUCUAACCUCCAAUCACCUUUUAUAUCAUUACUGGAUUGCUGUAAGCCAUAAGGCCCCAGCAUUCCUGUAUGAUAUCUACCUCAGGAUGACUGGAAGAAGCCCAAGGAUGAUGAAAACAAUAACUCGUCUUCACAAAGCUAUGGUGUUUCUUGAAUAUUUCACAAGUAAUUCUUGGGUUUGGAAUACUGACAAUGUCAAUAUGUUAAUGAAUCAACUAAACCCUGAAGAUAAAAAGACUUUUAAUAUUGAUGUACGGCAGUUACAUUGGGCAGAAUAUAUAGAGAACUACUGUAUGGGAACUAAGAAAUAUGUACUGAAUGAAGAAAUGUCUGGUCUUCCUGCAGCUAGAAAACAUCUGAACAAGUUGAGAAACAUACGUUACGGUUUCAAUACUAUCCUUGUGAUCCUGAUUUGGCGCAUUUUUAUUGCAAGAUCACAAAUGGCGAGAAACAUCUGGUACUUUGUGGUUAGUCUGUGUUACAAGUUUCUGUCUUACUUCCGAGCAUCCAGCACUAUGAGAUACUGAAGACAAGAAUUUAGCAUUAGAACAUCUAUGCAUAUGGUGGUCUAAAUGCAUAAAAUGUAAAAUGUAUUUAAGUCAUUUCACCUUUUGUCAAGACAUUAAACCAUCUUAGCUCAGAAUGUGGAGUAAAUUAUGGUACAUUUUAUGUAACAUUUUAAUGUAUGCUCAUAAAAGCGUAGUGAAUACACUGUGGUAUGCCAACUCAAAUCUGUAAUAGCCAUCAAAACCAUGAUUUAACAUUUUGAUCCCUGGGGGAAAAGGGUUGGGUAAGGGCAGGAGGGGGAGAUAGGAACACUGACCAGUAUAACUGUGCAAUUCUGGAAUAUACUAAUUAAAAUAUGCCUUAACAUAGAGUGAUUUUCUAAUUAUAAUAUUUAGUGCAGUGGAAAGCAUUUAUUUGGAUGGGAAUACUAGCUAAGUUGGUAGAUAUUUGAUUCUGCAGUGUUUGAUUUUUAUCAUCAGUUGAAGUGAUUUUUAGUUUUGUUAUAAUUACAGCCAAACUAUUUUCACAUCAUCCUGUAAGUUACUGAAUGGUCUCAAAUGUGAAAAACACAUUUUCAUUUUCCUCCUUUCUCUGAUUUGAGGUCUGAUACAUAUCAUUUUCUAUAAGCAAUCAGUUACUUUCAUAAUCAGAAGGCUUAUAUAUUAUUAUAGAGACCCUACUGGAUCUAAAUGAGUUUGAGAAUCCAUAUCAGCAUAUGCCAUGUGUUUUUAGAAGGAAAAUGAAAAUUCACUAAACCUAUUAGUAUUAAGAAAGAAUAAGAGUACAUUUUUCUUGACCACAUUAUGACCAAAUAAAAACCAAUUCUGUGACAUUUUGUUCAUGAUUUGAAGCUGGAUGAUUACUUGAGACUUUGGCAAGCAGGCGUGGGUACAGGGAGGAAUUCAUCAUACUUGUGCUCUCCUCCCUUAAUGAAUUUUAUUAAUAGGACUUUAAAAGGCUUAUACUAUCCAAUUAAAACUGAAAGUACAUUACUGUGGAAUAAUGUAUUUGCAGGUAAUCAUAACAUUAAGAAAAUGUUCUCAUAUGUGUGUAAACACAUACUAACUUUUGACCUUGAGAGCUGAAUUCCUUCAAAAAAAAUAAUGCAUAAAAUAAUGUGUAUAAGAUUAAAUAAAGAACUUUAUUUACAUACCACAUAAAGUAGCAAACUGUUGAAUGAGUUUAAAGAUACCUUUUAUUUUUUGUGCAUGUGGUUUUAGCUUUUAGAAAGAAAUGAAUUAUAGAAACAAGUAAUAGUAAGAAAAUUGAUGUAUAUUUUAAAUGAUACAUUAUAAUUCCCUUUAAAUCUUAAUAGUAGUUAAUUUUCCUUACUGUUGUAACACACAUUUGGUUUAACAGAUCAGCAUAACAUGUUCUAAUUUAGCUGAUCAAGUUGUACUAUAUUUAAAUCAUUAACAGUGUAUCUUGAAUAUGUUUAAUGAAGUCAGUUUACAAUACAAAAAGUUACAUAGAACUUUAAUCUUAAUUUUCUCAUCAAUUCAGAUGCAAUGUAUAAGAAGUUUAUUUUAUUAUUGUGAAAAAAUUAAAUGUAAAGGAAAUCACCUUCUUCCAUGCAGGUGUAUAAUCUUGAAAAGGAAAAUGCUUCCAUGUUGAAGCCAGAUUUUCUGUAGUAAAACUUUUAAAACAUUAUUUUAAAAGAAAUAUGUAUAUAAAUAUAUAUAUAUAUUCUUUGCAGUGAUACUAAAGUCUCUGGUCUAGGACCAUACCUUUUAUAAGGUGUGAGAGACCAUGGCAGUGUCUAAGAAUGGAAUAAAUGAUGAUGCCUUUGAUUUAAAGUGGCCCACAUAAUUAACUAUAGAUGCUCUAACCUUUGAAUGCUCCAUCUCUCCAGUACAUUUCCAUAAUGUGUUGAAAAUAAGCUAACAUUUGUAUGAUUUUUAUACAUCUGCUGACAAUACUUAGAUGACUUAUCUUUGUAUCUUGCAAAAGAAUCAGAUACAACUUUAGCAGGCAUGUGAAGUACAUGGGAGCUUUGAACUCUGUCAUUAUUGUUGUAAUCUAACUUGAGGAAAUGAUAAUUGGGAGGGUGCUAAGGCCACUGCAUUAAUUUUGUGGGUUUAGAAUUCUUUUGUCAAAAGAAAGCUAAUGAAUAAAUUAAUAUGUCAUUCUGGAACUUAAAAGUUUUAAAAUUAGUAUAAAACAUACAUAGGUUGUUAAUCCUCGCCAACUUGACUUUGAGCUUAACUCAAAGAUUUUAGAAAUCAUUUGUAUUGAUGUCAUUUGCUAGACCUGGUUUUUUAGUUCUUUCUGAUUAUAUUUUUACACACAGACUCAAAUUUUAACAGGAUAGCCUGUUGAAUAAAUCUAAUAAAUCAUUUAACUCAUUUGAUAAUAAAGCUACAUUUUAAACAUUUUUUCCCCCCAUUCACUCUUGAUUCUUAUAAUUCUGGCAUAUGCGUUUGUCACUUGUGAAGUCAUUGUAACUAUAAGUAAACUUGACUUGGCAACAUUAAUAUGUUUAAUAACUCAUCGCUGAGAAGCAUGGCAAUACAUUCUUUGACUUGGGGAUGGCAUAAAAUAAACAUUUUCUGAAUCUGUGUAAUAAAGUUUGGAAGCAGGAAGGGAAGAUCUUAUUUCUCUUCCUUUUCUAUGCUUGUCUAUAGGAACUGGUUCAGGGUUUUUUGCUUUUUUGUUUUAAAUGUAAAUCGAUAGUCUUUUAUAAGAAAUAGAAGCAUUAUUGGGUGCCUUUGUUUGUAAACCAAAAAGUAAUAAACGAAUCCCUAUAUUUCCA